UCCCGCCCUUCCGGACUGGAGGUAACAAGGAAUUCUCGUUAGUGACCCUUGUUGCUAGAGGCUAUCAACAACCUUGAUUAGAAAAUUUAUUUUUGACAGUAAUAUCAGAAGCUGAAAGUGUAAAAGGAACACUUCUGGGAAAAUACUGUGAGCAGGUUGGCAAAACUGAUUAAUUAUUAAUAUCCUUUUCCUCUCUCUUGCGGUAAAGAAGGUUGUGAAACGUGGUUUUUGCGUGUGUCACGUUUCGUGUCUAUUAUAGACUUAAAGAAUGCGUUACGUGGCAGCGUACCUGUUGGCAGCCCUGGGUGGCAAAGAUAGUCCAUCUGCCUCAGACCUGGAGAAGAUCCUCAGCUCAGUGGGUAUUGAAGCUGACGGUGAGAAGCUGAAGAUUGUAAUUGGUCAGCUGAAAGGCAAGAACAUCGAUGAAGUGAUUGCAGCAGGGCGGGAGAAGCUGGCGUCCAUGCCGGCCGCCGGAGGAGCGGCCGCCCCUGCAGCGGCGGCCAGCGGUCCGGCCGCAGCUGCAGCAGCCGCCCCCGAGAAGGAGGAAAAGAAGCCAGAGAAGAAGGAAGAGUCUGAAUCAGAAGAUGAUGACAUGGGUUUUGGUUUAUUCGAUUAAAAUGUCUAAUUUUGUUGGAUUUGCAUUUUUUUAUUUGAAUAAAAUAUGAGAAUUCAGUAAA